AUGACACAAGAUGGAAAACCAGUUGCCAUGUAUUUUGCAAAACUAAAGGGGAUUUGGCAAGAAAUUGAUCAGAUGCGCCCAUGUCGCAUGAAGUGCCCAGAUGAUGUCAAGAUUUAUAAAGAGGAGCAGGAUCUCAUGAGAGUUCAUGUUUUUUUGGCUGGCCUAGAUCCAAUAUUUGAGAAUGCAAGGAGUGAAUUGCUUCGCCGGACUACCACACCAACCUUGCAGCAAGCCUUUGCUUAUAUUCGCAAAGAUGAGACCCAGAGGGCUGGAACUAGAGUAGUUACUUCAGAAGUUGCAGGCCUUGCAAUACAAUCAAAGCCAUCCAAUCCCUCAAGCAAUCGGUCACUCUCAAGCAAUCGGCCUCCUGCUUCUCUGCGUCCCUCUCCUCAAGGUCCUCCUCCAGGGUUUUCCUCAAAUCUGACUUGUAAUUACUGCAAGAAUCCAGGCCACAUCAAAGCAAAUUGUUACAGGUUAGUCGGUUUUCCAGCAGGCUACUUUGAUAGGCCCCGACCUCAGGACAACAAACCCAAGGGAAAGGCUGCUGUUCAUCUUGUUCAAGACCAAGACUACUAUGUUGUGACAGAACCAGAUUACACCAACUUUGCUGGUAAGGAUACCGCAUCCGACCUCCUCACCAGGGAAAUAAUCGGCAGGGGUUAUCUGAGGGGUCGACUAUUUCAUCUGGAUUGCAUGUUCGCCGGAAUGAAGCCGGAGAAGGCAGUCCAAGCAGCGUUGAUUUCGACUGGGGUUACUAAUCGAGUUGAAGAAUUAUGGCUAUGGCAUCGGAGAUUGGGACAUCCUUCCUUUAGUGUCAUGAAGAAAUCUAUGCCAUCCUUGUUUCUGGGCAUUGAUGAGUCUAAGUUGCACUGUGAGUCAUGUGUCUUAGCUAAAAGUCAUCGUACUAGUUAUCCUUUGAGUACUACUAGGAGUUCUUUUCCUUUUGAGCUUAUUCAUUCUGAUGUAUGGGGACCUUCCCGUGAGUCAACCUUGUCUGGAAAACAUUGA